UUUCUUUUGUCCCAUAGGUAAGAAAGUAAUGUAACUGGAUGCCAAUUGCGCUGCUCUCUCUCUCUCUUUCUCUCUCUCAUAAUGAAUUAGGGGGAUGAAGACGGGAGUUGACAACCGGAAUCCUGCGUGCUUGUGUUGAAUCUCUUAUCUCUCCAUCCGUACUUCUAUCUCCUCAUCUUUUCCGUUUCAUUUAACGGCAGCUCAGAAGAAUUACUUUUGGGCUCAUCUGAAUCAGUGAAACCUAGAUUUUGGAGGUAAGAGUACUAUGAAGGAUAGGAAUUUGGACCUGUUUGACCCGAGAACGGCUCUAAUGGACCCUGAUUGCUCCCCUACCUCUGGCCGCCAGCCCGAUUUCGCCUUCGCUUUCAACGACAGCAACUUCUCCGACCGCCUCUUGCGGAUCGAGAUUGUUCCGGACCCGACCGAUCAGCCCUCUGACGCCGAGGGUUAUCAGAGCAUCGCCGAUUGGGCUCGCAAUCGCAAGCGCAGGAAAGAAGAAGACCCCACGAAUGGAAACGCUUUGGAUAUUACCAUAUGUCCAGAGGAGCAGAUUCAAGAUUGUCACCAGAUUGAUCCAGAAGAAGAUGUCGAUGCUGACACUGACAUUCAAGAGGAAGAAGUUAUUGCAAUGGUUGAAGAAACACAUUCAGGAGAUGAAGCUCCUAGCAGUGAAGAUUCAGACUGGAACAUGGAUUCAAGGGUUACAACAGUCAAAACAUUACACAUCAGCUCUCCUAUUCUGGCAGCAAAAAGUCCAUUCUUUUACAAGCUUUUCUCUAAUGGGAUGAAGGAAUCAGAGCAGAGACAAGUCACCCUUCAAAUAUAUGCUUCUGAGGAAACUGCACUUAUGGAGCUCCUGAACUUCAUGUAUAGCAAUACUCUAACUACAAAUUCUGCAAGUGGCUUGUUGGAUGUACUUUUGGCUGCUGACAAAUUUGAGGUCGCUUCGUGCAUGAGAUAUUGCAGCCGCCAACUACGGAAUUUACCAAUGACCCCGGAAGCAGCAUUGCUGUAUCUGGAGCUACCUUCAAGCAUCCUUAUGGCUGAUGCUGUUCAGCCAUUAACUGAUGCAGCAAAGCAAUAUCUAGCUGUUCGCUACAAAGAUGUCUCCAAGUUCCAAGAUGAGGUAAUGAGCUUGCCCCUGGCUGGCAUCGAAGCAAUAUUGGCCAGUGAUGACCUCCAAGUGGCAUCUGAGGAUGCAGUAUAUGACUUUGUGGUGAAGUGGGCAAGGGCUCAUUACACAAGGUUGGAGGACCGACACAAGAUUCUCGGGUCCCACCUCGGUCGCUACAUACGCUUCCCCUACAUGAGUUGCCGGAAGCUCCGGAAGAUUCUUGUUGGUAACGACUUUGAUCAUGAGUUUGCAUCCAAACAUGUCCUUGACGCCCUAUUUUUCAAGGCGGAGGCCCCGCACCGGCAGCGGACCCAAACCGCGGAAGGUUCAUCCUCGUCUAGCCGUCGUUUCAUCGAGCGUGCUUACAAGUACCGACCCAUCAAGGUGGUCGAAUUUGAGACUCCUCGUCAUCAGUGCAUAGUUUACCUAGAUCUCAAACGGGAAGAGUGUGCUAAUUUGUAUCCAUCCGGGAGGGUAUAUUCCCAAGCUUUUCACUUGGGAGGGCAAGGGUUUUUCCUGUCGGCCCAUUGCAACAUCGAUCAACAAAGCUCUUCACACUGUUUCGGUCUCUUUCUUGGGAUGCAAGAGAAGGGGUCAGUGUCAUUUGCAGUUGACUAUGAGUUUGCCGCUAGGUCAAAGCCAACGGAGGAGUAUGCGAGCAAAUACAAGGGGAAUUACACUUUUAUCGGUGGGAAGGCAGUGGGAUAUCGAAACUUGUUUGGCAUGUCUUGGGGUAAUUUCAUGGCUGAUGAUAGUCCAUACUUCAUCAAUGGAAUACUCCAUCUUAGGGCUGAGCUCACGAUUCGCAACUGACAUUUUCUCUUCCUAUUAUUAUUAUUUUUAUUUCACGGAAAAGGUGUGGAUAGUUCCAGACUUUUGAUUCCUCGCUUUGAUAAAAAAAAAUGUUCAAGUGGAAGGCAAUUGGGCUCCUUAACAGCUUUAGUUUAAAUCUUUAAACAUUUUGGGAAUGAUGCAUGUAAAUCGAGUGUGUGUUGAUGGAAAAUUUUGGUCUCCGGCCAGGCCUCAAUCUUCAUAUGCAUUUUUUUUAACUCUGGAAUUUAUAAAUCCGUUUUUCUUCCGGAAAACAGGGUUCAGACUUCACAAUUCAACUUUACG